ACCUCCGGUAGUCACAUUUCGGGACCGUCGCGCACGGAGCCACGAACGGAGUUCGCACGCGCAGCACUGCAGCCCACCACUCCGUGUCAGGAGUUUUACACCCGACGUCGCCUUUUCACCAUGACAACGAGCUCCGUAACGACCACCUCGGUGACAGAGAGGAAAAAGCACCUCGAGAACAAUGAUGAUCAGGAUGACCAGCAGCUGCCGGAGAACAGCAGCGACACCGAGAGUGAGGUGGUGUCCAAGGAGCCUUUCAAGAUGGAAAUCGUCUGGCGCAACGUGUUCCUCUUCGUUGGGCUCCACAUUGGGGCCGCGUGUGGCCUCUACUGCGCCAUCUUCACGGCCAAGUGGCAGACAAACCUUUUGGCCUUCAUUGGACUUGGUAUCGCCGGCGUCGGCUCUUCAGUGGCAGCCCACCGACUCUGGUGCCACCGCACGUUCAAGGCGAAGCUGCCACUCAGGAUAAUGCUCAUGAUUGCCAACUGCUUCGCGCUCCAGAACGACAUAUAUGAGUGGACACGGGACCACCGGGUACACCACAAGUUCUCGGACACAGAUGCCGACCCGCACAACAUCAAUCGUGGCUUCUUCUUCGCGCACAUGGGUUGGCUCAUGUGCAAAAAACAUCCCGAGGUGUUCCGCAAGGGCGCCACCGUCGACUGUUCCGACGUGCUGCAGGAUCCCGUCGUUGCCUUCCAGAGGAAGUACUACGUUCCUCUAGUGACGCUAUUUUGCUUCGUGCUGCCGACGCUCGUACCCAUGUGGCUGGUGGGCGAGACGUUCUGGAACGCGCACCUGGUGAAUGGCCUGCUGCGCUACACCAUCAGCCUGCACAUGACGUGGCUGGUGAACAGCGCGGCACACACCUGGGGCUACCGGCCGUACGACAAGAACAUCGCGCCCACGGAGAACCCGGCCAUGUCCGUAGGAAUGUUUGGCGAGGGCUUCCACAACUUUCACCAUGCUUUUCCGCAGGACUACAAGAGCAGCGAGUUCGGGCCACUGCUGAACCCUGCCACUAUCUUCAUCGAUCUGAUGGCGCUGAUCGGCCAAGCGUACGAUCUCAAGACGACGCCCAAGCACUUGAUUGACAAACGCAUCGAGAGGACCGGCGACAAGAAGCAGCACUACUUGAGGGCAUUCGCAUCUACUUGAGCCGGGAGAAUUUAGCAAAGGCUAGGAGCAGGGACGGCGCAUUACUACGUAUACCUGAAUAGUGCAUUUCUUCGGGGGCAUACUGCGUUCUCACUCAUUUAUUCGGUAUUUUCGCCUCACACUUCCUUAUUUUGACACCCAUUGCAUUGGUAAUCUCAACGGCUUUACCACGGCCCUCCUUACUCACGUCAUCUCCCCCCCCCCCCUCCCCCAACCAACCCUCACCUGCUUCCACUCUUGGCAAACACCUGACACCUCCACGAGCGAAACGCGUAGUAACGGGUAAUUCACGAGCAAGACCAGCAAAACUAAACUUUCUUAAUCGAUUAGUUGUCCAUAUUAAUUCAGCAACAUUUGUAUAUAUUAGGCAACUUUGUCUGCUAUGGUAAAAUGUACCACGCUACAUUGAAUUGGACCUGGCACAAUACGCGCUAAGGUGGCUGGUGGCGGAUAUCGAAGCGACGACGGCCACAGAAGUAGCGGUUUAUACCAAGGCUCUCUGAUAUCAGAUGGAGCAGGAUGUAUCCAUAGAAGCGUGCGCACUGAAUAUACGGCUCUACAACAAGGUGGUUGCACGAAGGGCUUCAUAAGGACGCCUUAACUAGAAAGGCUGAACCAACAAAUUGUCUAAAGAAAGCAUCCUUUGAGCACGUGUAUGACAUACGUGACCAGCUACGCAAAGUUUACUCUGAUGGGAUUAUAUUAGGGCCAUGCGAGUAGGCAUCUGCGUCAAGUGAUUGGUCACUUCCGUUGCUUUAUAGUAGCUAGCUUGAUCGUCCCACCGCUGUCUGCUUCUAGUACCACCAGCCUCUACUACACUACUGCUUCGUUAAACUGGAGCUCGUAUACCUCUUUUUUAAUUAUUUUAUUCCUUCAACUUGUUAAUUUCUUGGAAAUAUUCAACCUUGGCAAGCCCUCACUUUGCACCUGAAGCUCUGCUUUAGGCUUCGCGCUCACAGGUCUUGUCAUUUAAAGUAGCUAUUAUCUUUACUAGUGUUAUAUUUGCUGAUUUUUGUUUUUCACACGUUCGGCGUCUACUAUUGAAACCAUUGUUUUCUUCUAUAGACAGUUGCUGUACAAUGUGAUAUUAGGGCAAUUUUAUUUACUGACAUUUGUAGUGUCAACGACGCAGGAUCGAGCUUGAUAUGAGCGACUCCGCAGGCAUGUGAUGUUUUAUGUUGUGCAAUGUUUAGUGUCUGUGUUUGUGUGUGUGUGUGUAAUGUAUAAGUUAUGGUCAUCGCAAACAUUCAUUGUUGCAUGUGGCAUUAUUACUUAUCUUCGGUGAAUGUUUCAUAACUUGCCCGGGACUUCACCUGUGUAAGGGCGAAGAGCUGCAACUUGUACACCUUUAGCAAUACUACGAAAAAAUUUUAACGUGCCUUCUUCAGAGCAACGUGAAUGCCUUGAAAACUUACACAACUGACAGCUAUAUGUAAGCGUCGCCUCAAUCCUAUGGCUCGAAUAUGUUCGUAUACAUGAUUUCUAUUUUGGUUACGCAUGACCUAUGCAGUCUGUGUUUGUUAAUACUUGUGAGUGUAUGGUGAAUGUUGAUUAAUAAAAGGCACUUAUUCAUACACA